GACGCGGUCGCAGGCAAUACGGAGCAACCUUCGGUGGGAACCACACGUGCACCCGGAUAGGCACUUUUUACAUAUACGCUUUUAAAUUUUAGAACAACAUGUUUAGUUUAAUAUUAAUAAGCUUCGCUGUUUGCGGAAUUGUUUCAGGUCAAGAUUUCGAUUGUCCCGGCAAAAGUGGCUUUUAUCCGGACCCGUACCAAUGUGACCUUUACUACAAAUGCUCCAAAGGUGUGGCGGAAACAAAAUUAUGUCCUGACGGAUUAGUAUUCUCUGAUGAAAACCCCAACAAAGAACGAUGUGAUAUCCCGUCUAACGUCGACUGCGGGGACAGGAAAGAAUUACAAGAACCAAAACCGACAAAAGAUUGUCCACGACAGAACGGAUAUUUCAAACAUCCCGAUCCUCAGGCAUGUGACAAGUUCUACUACUGCUCUGACGGCGUGCCUAACGAGCUGCCUUGCCCGCCCGGCCUCUACUUUGACGAGGAAACUUCCAAUUGCGACUGGAAGGAGUCAGUCGAUCGGAUCUGUGAACAUAUCACCAAAGAUGUCCUCGAUGAUGGUUUCUCGUGCCCGGACGGCGAAGUAGUAGGUCCCAACGGACGUGCACUCCCUCACCCCACCUUCCCGCAUCCCGAGGACUGCCAGAAAUUCUACAUCUGUCGUAACGGCGUACAACCACAGAAGGGCAGUUGUCCAUCUGGCAAGGUUUACAACGAAGACACUUUCAUGUGCGAUGACCCGGAAAAAGUACAAGGAUGUGAAAACUAUUACGAAGGGCAGCCAUUGGAAAAGAAUAAAUUACCGAAGAAGGCGUGAGCUGCAUUUACUUAAGUAACCUCCUGAUAGUUUGUAAGACUUAUAAAUAAUAAAUGUAAUUAAUAUUAACAA